UGAAGAUACUGAGACACAAACAGACCUGAUGGCACUGAAAAAGGAAAAUCAAGAACUGAACGAAACGGAAGUUAAAGAUCAAAAUGAAAAACAUAAUAAUUUCAAAACUGAAGAAAAAUUGAUUAGUUGCUCACAAACUAAAAAGACUUCCUCACCAAUAAAAGCUAAAAAAACUACAAACCUUAACAAACCCCACUUGAGAGUUCAUACUGGAGAGAGACCUUACACAUGCCAACAGUGUGGAGAAAUUUUCAAUCAAAAAAGACGCCUUAAAGUCCACAUGAAAAUUCACAUUAAAAAGGAGCCAUUAAUAUGCACUCAGUGUGGAAAGAGUUUUAAACGGAGAAAUCACCUUAAGUCCCACAUGAUCAUUCACUCUGGAGAGAGACCUUACACCUGUCCUCAGUGUGGAAAGAGUUUCAGGGUUAAAGGAAACUUUAAAGCUCACAUUAGAAUUCACACUGGAGAGAAACCUUACACCUGCAAACUGUGUGGGAAAAGUUUCUCAUUAAAUAACGGUCUUAAGACUCACAUGAUAAUUCACACUGGAGAGAAGCCAUUUGAAUGUGAUCAGUGUGGAAAGAGUUUUACACUGAAAGCACUCCUUAAUGUCCACAUGAGAGUUCACACUGGAGAGAGACCUUACACCUGCGAACAGUGUGGAAAGGGCUUCAAACGAAAAGAAAAUUUUAAGGCUCACAUGAGGAUUCACACGGGAGAGAAUCUGUUCACAUGCGAUCAGUGUGGAAAGAGUGUCACAUGUAAAGAAGGCCUUAGAAAGCACAUGAAGAUUCAUUCAAGAGAGAACCGUUUUAAAUGUCAUCAGUGCAAAAGGCGUUUCACAGACACAAAGCACCUUCAGGAUCAUGUUAAAAUUCACAACAGACAGAAGCCUUUCAGGUGCCAUCUCUGUGAAAAGAGUUUUUCAAGCAAUACAAACCUUGAGAAUCACAUAAGAGUUCACACUGGAGAGAAACCUUUCACCUGCAAACAGUGUGGAAGGUGUUUCACGAUUAUAGGAAACCUUAAGACUCACAUGAGAGUUCACACUGGAGAGAAACCUUACAAGUGUCUUCAGUGUGAGAAGCGGUUCACAUGUAAAAGCAGCAUGAAUCGUCAUAUGCAAAUGCAUUCUGGGAAGAAAUUGCCAUUUUCCUCAGAGUGACGAGGUUUUAGA